CUUCCAUACGACUUUUUUAAAUUUAUUUAGACUUUAUAUUUUAGCAUUGUAGGCCCAUUUUUGCAUUAGAGGACGAUUAGAUCGAUUGCAUUAAAACGAUGUACUCUUAAUUACAAGUUCCUUUCAUAUUUAAUAGGGAAUGUGGAAUCGGAGAAGACCGACCUCAGAUCUCAUCUUUCGAUAGCCUCUCUUAAAUGGAACUACUUUCUUAUAUGGCUGCUAGGAAGCAUUAGAAAUGCGCUGAGCAAGAGAUUCCCACAGCUCCCUGGCAAUGCGGAAGUCUUUGGGCUGAUCGCCGGGCAAUGAACUGUGUCCAGAAAUCGGGUUUUCUUGGUCUUCUUGGUCUUCUGGUCCAGGUGGGCUCACCUUCACUGUGCCUCAGAACAUAGAAUCAUUCACCGCACGUCUUUGGAACUCAUCGGUCCUGUCGUUUUUCGCUAGAGAAAAUGUGCAAAUUCACCAACCGGCUGUUCGUCUUUGCCCUGCUGCUUUUGGCAUUUGGAAAAAUUCUGGCCCAACCCGUUGGUGAGAAGAUCAGGCCAGGGAACUCAAGGAACGUGGUCAGCGAUCUGUUGGAGGUCCUUUAUGAUGACUACUCUGAAAAUGGAUUCCAGCGGGAGGACAUCCUCUACGACCAAAGGCAAAAGGGCGCCGAGAACUUUCAGUUAAAAGUGGAUGGAGUCGUCAUCGGAUUGGCUCCUCAAAUGGGCUCCAACUGGUUGUACACAAUGGCCGAAUAUUAUUUGACUGAAAUGUUGUUGCGACAAUCUACUCCGGAACCAGAAACAAUUAAAAUGUUUGAAAAGGAUACCAGCACAGAUACAGAAUCUAUAGUUUCCGAGAGCUUUACAAAAAUUCCAGAGCCUGUUAAAAAUGAUCUGGAAAGCAGACAACAAGAAAUAGUUGCGCCACAUAAUUCAAGCCGAACUCCAUCUCAACUGCUCCAAUUACUAAAGAUGCUUAAAAGUACAAAGGCCUAA